GGAAUAUUUUGGCUCCCGGAUAAAUUUUGGGGUCAUUACGAGGGAAACAAAAGUAGGGGGUGGUGAUGCAUAAAUAUUUCUCCAGUCUGUAAAUUUUUCUUUUUGGCUCUUUCGUCGUCGAACCACUUCUCCAGAACUCGGGCACGAACAGAAAGAGAUUCAAAUUUCAUAAACUAAACUCUUCUUCCUCUUCGAAUCAGAGAUUCUCUCCUUUAGAUCUGGAAGUGUCUGGUAACAUAACUGGAAGAAGAUGACCGUGAUCGACAUUCUGACUAGAAUUGACUCGAUCUGUAAGAAGUACGACAAGUACGAUGUCGACAAACAGCGGGAGGCCAAUAUCUCCGGUGAUGAUGCUUUUGCUCGCCUCUAUGGCGCUUUUGAGACCCAAAUCGAGACCGCUCUCGAGAAAGCUGAACUUGUUACCAAGGAGAAGAACAGGGCUUCUGCUGUUGCAAUGAAUGCUGAGAUCCGCCGGACCAAAGCUCGAUUGUCCGAGGAAGUUCCUAAGCUGCAGAGACUUGCUGUCAAGCGGGUUAAGGGUCUUACAACCGAAGAGCUUGCCGCGAGAAAUGAUUUGGUGCUUGCGCUUCCGGCCAGGAUUGAAGCCAUACCUGAUGGGACAGCCGGUGGUCCGAAAAGCACUAGUGCUUGGACUCCUGCAACAGCAUCUCGUCCUGAUAUCAAAUUUGAUUCAGAUGGGCGUUUUGAUGAUGAUUACUUUCAAGAAUCACAUGAAUCCAGCCAAUUCAGACAGGAGUAUGAGAUGCGGAAAAUGAAGCAGGCAAGUCUGGACAUGAUCUCCGAAGGUUUGGACGCUUUGAAGAACAUGGCUUCUGAUAUGAACGAGGAACUGGAUAGGCAAGUUCCUUUGAUGGAUGAAAUCGACACAAAGGUGGACAGAGCAACCUCGGAUCUGAAGAACACCAAUGUCAGGCUCAAAGAUACCGUCAACCAGCUGAGGUCAAGCCGGAACUUCUGCAUCGAUAUUGUUUUGUUGUGUAUUGUGCUGGGUAUCGCUGCAUACUUGUACAAUGUACUGAAGUAAUGAGGUUAACGUGAAAGGAGCCAUGAGUUGUCUCUCUCUUGCCCUCUGCUAAUACCGUUUUUUCACCCGAGUCAGUGUGUGUGUGCAUGUUUCUUUCUGUAUUUCUGUGAUCUUUCUACGAGAGUUUAUUACAGCUGUCCAAAGUCCAGACUGUUGAAGUUGUUUCUUCUUGCAAUUGAGUCUAUACAUGAUGAAUAUAUCUUAUAUUAAAUUUACCCAGUCUAUGUAAUUCAUGUCACUGUCGA